AUGUUGCCACAUCAUGCCUUUAGUAGGAAUAAUAUGGAAGAUCUAGCUAUGCAACCAGUUGAAGAAAUAGUGAUAAAAUGUGAAGUUAUAGAAAUAUCUGAUGAAGAAGAAGGAGAACCAGUAAAAAAGCGCCGUAAACGUCUAACACCAAAGGAACCACAGCCCUGCGAUAUUUGUGGCAAAACCUUUCAAACUGGUUAUGAGUUGAAGAAACAUAAACGAACGCACACUGGUGAAAGGCCAUAUAUGUGUACUACAUGCGGAAAAACAUACACACAGCUUGGCCAUUUAAGUAUACAUAGUUUAUCACAUAAAGGUAUAAAGAAUUUCAAUUGCACAGAAUGUGGAUCGUCGUUUUAUAGAAAAGCUGAUUUAGAUCGCCAUGAGAAAAUACACACUGGGGAAAAACCGUAUCAAUGCGAGAUAUGUUCGAAGAGUUUCACCCAAAAAAAUAAUUUAGUCAUGCAUUUUAAAAUGCAUAUAGGGGAUAAACCUCACGAGUGCGAAGUUUGCGGCAAGAGAUUUUUAACUAGAAGCAAAAUGGUUCUACAUUCAAAGAAACACGAGAAAGAGAAGAAGAAAAAAGAGAUAUUGGGACAUAUU